AUGACUUGUAUGACUGGGUUGAGACAACGCAAUGCCUUAGACUGCGAGAUGUGCAAACUUGCGGUGAAAAGUGCCGAUGGAGAUGCUGACAAAGACACCAACGACAUCAAAAAGGAUUUCGAUGCAAAAUGUAAAAAGGCAUUCCACUCGAUUCAGUUUGCGCCACGAGAGUGUGAGCAUUACGUCGAUAAAAAGCUGGAUCCAAUCAUUAAAGAGCUCGAAAGUGGAACAUCUCCAAAAGAUGUUUGCACAAAACUUGGCGAGUGUUCAUAAACUUUUAUGCCAUUUCAAAACUGAAAAUUGGUACUGAAUAAAGCAUGCAA